UACAGAGGUUGCAGCUUCACCAGGUCUUCCAAGUGCUGCCUGCAGAGUGAACCUGUUUCUUUAGGACCCAGAGGAAAAGUCCAGAGGAUUGGAGUUAAUGCUGUGUCCCCUUGUGAGAGCCUCAGAUACAGAGAGAACUGGAACUGGAAGUCAGACUAAGAUCUACAAGUGGUAAGAUUGCAGCCAGGCUCUGUGCCCCUUUAUUUACUCACAUCUAUUAGGGCGAGCAAAGUAUAUUUAAUGUUAGAGUACCCCAAUCAGCUUCACACUGGGACUCCCCAGAAAUAAUAUUAAUCCUGCUGACACAUUCCUGGGGUUCAGGCUAGGGUAGGGACUUAGGAGUGCUGCUGCAGAAACUGGUUGUGGAGGGCUUAAAUUGGGGGAUUCAGAACAGAGCUUGGAAAAAAUAUUUUCCUAUGAAUUUGGCUGCAGCUCACACACAGUCAGGGGUCUUGGAAGGGGUUUACAAGGGAAGGCAGCUGUGUAAAAGUAAUGUGUGACCUGCACAAUUACCCCAGGGUAGGUAACAAGGCAGGGGUAGGUCUAGACACUAUGGUAUAUGCAGUGAUCAUUGUUAGAAAGUUAUAGUUAAUAACAGAUCAGGAGUAGAUCAAUAAACAUUUAUAGAGCACUAACAUAUAUGUUACAAAAUGUGUCACAUUUACACAUAGAACAUAUAGAAUAAAUUGUUACAUGUUAAAAUAGAAUGUUUAUAAUCUGAUGUGUUAUAUGUUUCAAUACAGAAUGUUUAUCAUAAACUGUUAUGUUUAAAGGCAGCGUGUUUACAAUAGAAUGUUAUGCUUUAAAAUAAAUGUACAGAAUGGAAUGGUAAAAGGUUUAAGGACAGAAUGUACCGACUAUAAUGUUACAUGUUUAAAGACAGAAUGUAUAGAAUAGAAUGUUUCUUUUUCCUUUUUCAAAUGCACAUAACAGAUACAAUGUUUAAGAUACAAUGUAUAGAAUAGAAUGUUAUUGUUUAAUUAUAGAAUGUACUAAAUAGAAUGUUACAUAUUUCACAAUAGAAUGUUAUUGUUUAAUUAUAGAAUGUACAGAAUAGUAAGCUGCAUGUUUUAAGAUAAAAUGUACAGAAUAGAAUGUUACAUGUUUAAUUAUGGAAUGUACAGAAUAGAAUGUUAUGCUUUAAAAACAGAAUGUACAGUAUGGAAUGGUAAAAGGUUUAAGGACCGAAUGUACAGACUAGAAUGUUACAUGUUUAAAGACAGAAUGUAUAGAAUAGAAUGUUUCUUUUUUCUUUUUUAGAAUGCACAUAAUAGAUACAAUGUUUUAAGAUACAAUGUAUAGAAUAGAAUGUUACAUGAUUUACAAUAGAAUGUUAUUGUUUAAUUAUAGAAUGUACUAAAUAGAAUGUUACAUGUUUUACUAUAGAAUGUACAGAAUAUAAUGCUACAUGUUUUACUAUAGAAUGUACAGAAUAGAAUGUUACAUGUUUCAUUAUAAAAUGCACAGAAUAGAAUGUUACAUGUUUCAUUAUAAUAUGUACAGAAUAGCAUGUUACAUGUUUCAUUAUGGAAUUACAGAAUAGAAUGUUACAUGUUUCAUUAUGGAAUGUACAAAAUAGAAUGUUACAUGUUACAUUAUAGAAUGUACAGAAUAGAAUGUUACAUGUUACAUUAUAGAAUGUACAGAAUAGAAUGUUACAUGUUACAUUAUAGAAUGUACAGAAUAGAAUGUUACAUGUUACAUUAUAGAAUGUACAGAAUAGAAUGUUACAUGGCUAAAGACAGAAUGUUACACAUUUCAUUGUCUAGUAGUUACUCUGUUUAAACACUAACAGGAAUGGCUUAGUCACCCCUCACACUAGGAAAUGAUCCCCCAGUGAUCUGUAAUACAAUCCAGGUCUAAACCUGCCGCAGUUGUUUAUAUAGUUGUAAUAAGUAUCACCUGUUUUUACAUAAAUCCUGUAUGUAUUCUGGUUUAAUUGAGAAGGGAUCACAGGGACAGCUAGCUGGAUUAAUAUUAAUUAUUCAGGAUCCUUACCAUCCUUCGAAUUGUGAUUUGAUUUGACUUUUUCGUAUCUGAACAGCAGCCUAAUUUCUUUUAUUAUAAAUUCCCAAUCAUAUAAUUGUAACAUUUUAUUUUGCAUUUAAAACAGAAAAAUGGAAAUCCCUGCAUUAAACGUUAAAUGUCUAAUUAAACCUUCCAUUCUUGAUUAUUGCUACCGUCCCGUGGCAUUUUAAGGGUUACUUCUGCCAGUCCAGCAGGCACUGUGCCACCACGCAUGCGAUUGUUUGGUCUGUUGGCAGGGAUGUGGUGGAUGGCAGACUGUGGCACUCAUUAGUGCCCCUCCAGAUGUGCAGUCAGUAUGGGUCUCUGAGCCAGCUACAUUGCUUUACAGGGAGAUAUCCCCUCCCUCCAGCCCCCCUCUAACUAAGUACAUUGUAAUUGGAGUACAUUUUUUUUAAAACUUUUGGUCUGUAGCCAAAAUAAAACUUACUGUCUCAGAUUGCCUUUGUUUCUCCCCCCCUAAGCUGGAAAGCUAUUAAAGAGGGUUAGAGAGUGGGGGGAUGGGAGUGGUCCUAGGGGGGAGGUGAGAGGCAAGGCUGAUUUUGGAUGGGGUGGAGGGUUGGGUAACAGGAGGGUAUACUGAUGAUUCCCAGAUGUUACCAUACAGUAUAGGAAGGAAUCCCGGUCUCCGGGCUAAAACUUGUAGCAGAACAAAGAGAUUCAUUGACUUCAGAGCAGGCUAUCCUGCUAGUUGGUGGGGGGGUGAUUAGUCUUACAGCUGGAGGAGCUGAUUUACAUCACAGCUGGCUGCUGGAGGUGCAGAGAAUUGUUAUGAAAGGGUUCGCUGGCAGAUGUAUUAUUAUUAUUAGUGCUCCAGGUUGGGUUUUUUUGUCAGUUGUCCCUUUCCUGGAUUCGGCCAGAGAUGGACCAAGCAUCUCUGCUUCUACAGAAUGUCUUGGGCUCCAGAGUAACGAUUGACACCUCAGUGUAACAAGAUGUUCUGUAGCAGCUCUAUGGUUUUAUGUGACCAGUCUGUGUGAUAUAGGAGACGUCCUAUAAUUUACACGGACCUAACUCCGCCAUGCAAGAAGAAAAAAAUGGUCGCUUCUCUCCCAAAUUCCAGUCAGAAAAUUCCAGUUGAUAGUUGGAUAUAUUUUUCAUGCAGAGCGCGUUGGAUCGCCAUUUUGGCUGAGGGUCCUUAAAUUCCUCUGCUGUACUGAAACACAAUUUGUAUUACCCCCAGUCUGACUUUAAUGUACAAAUAAUAUGAAAUAACUCUAAAGGGUCCUAUUCACUAAACAGUGUGAUUCAGAGCAUUGACGUUUAAUUCAAAAUGGCAGAAAAUGGCAUCUUUCCUCCAAACUGUUAUUUUGGCCCGAAAUUGUAAUGUUCAUUUUACACCGAAGCUGACUUUGUGUCUGGCAGUUUUCGUGUUGCGAAUUCACCAAAGGAAAUUGCCAUUCAUCAUACACUGCGUUCAGGGCCAAGUCUCGCAAUAAUAGACUCAGGGUAGUAUUUAUUUUAUUUAGUUACAUGGUAGUAUAACCUUUCAAACAAUUCUGAUUCUGCUUCUAAUCGAAAAGAAGGUGAAAAGACCAAUUUGCCCCCCAAAAAAACAAAUGAGAAAUCAUUUUCUUAUUUCCAAAAUUUCAAUCAGAUUUCUCAUUGCAUUAAUAAGCUGAAAUACGUCCAUAGCUAAACUUUGAUAUGUUUUGUAAGAUCCUUUUGUUAAAUGACGUGGUUGCUGAACUUUCAUUUUCUUUGUGAAGACCUAAUGAUCCACCUCUUUAAGGACUUUACUGGUGGUAAUAAUUACUAAACUGUUGAUGUCAUUAUCGUGAGCAGCGUCCAUUUUGUUCUCCUACUUGCCUGUCACGUUGCUCCGUUGAAUGAUACUCUAAUCCGCCAAAUCAAGUUUGCAGCGUAACCGCAGAGAAUGUUUGCAAAUGUCUCCUGAAGGAACACUUUGUGCACUUAAGAAAAAAAAUAUAAUGUAUAAAAUAUUAUAAUGUUAUCUCGCUUCAAACGGGGCCGACAGCUCUAUCUAUGUAUGAAUGUGAAGGACUUGUCUGAUCCUGCCCAACCCCUACUCGAGACAGGGCAGAUACUGAACUUUUUAUUUUAGAACUUUCUUUUUUUUAUUUAUUUUUUAUACAAGAUUGAUCAGGUCUCCAACAACGUUAAUUUAGUUGACUAAAACUAACAAAUCAAAUGACUAAAAUACAACUAAAACUAAAACAGCUUUUUUUUUUUUUUGUCAAAAGAAAAUGACUAAAACUAAACAGAAAUGUGCUGCCAAAAUUAACACUGGUCUCCAAAAUACUGUCCUUCAACACCAGGUACUGUGCCUGGACCCCAUCUCCAGCCUUCCAGUAACUGAAUUCUCUCUCUGGGCCUUCAAAACUCCUUUAUCUCUCUUGACCUACAUCACCCAGUCCUUUCUCCAGACUUUCAAUAUCCAGAUUCUUUCACUGGGCCUUCAACACCUGGUUCUCACUCUAGGCCUCCAGUACACAGGGCUCUCUUUGUACUUCCAUCGCUCUGUCCUCCCACUGGGCCUCCAUCAAGCGGUCCUCUCUCUGGGCCUCCAUGAAGCUGCCCUCUCUCUGGGCCUCCAUCGAGCGGUCCUCUCUCUGGGCCUCUAUCGAGCUGUCCUCUCUCUGGGCCUCUAUCGAGCUGUCCUCUCUUUGGGCCUCCAUUGAGCUGUUCUCUCUCUGGGCCUCCAUUGAGCUGUCCUCUCUCUGGGCCUCCAUUGAGCUGUCCUCUCUCUGGGCCUCCAUCGAGCCGUCCUCUCUCUGGGCCUCCAUCGUGCUGUCCUCUCUUUGGGCCUCCAUUGAGCUGUCCUCUCUUUGGGCCUCCAUCAAUCUGUCCUCUCUCUGGGCCUCCAUCAAUCUGUCCUCUCUCUGGGCCUCCAUCAAGCUGUCCUCUGGGCCUCCAUCAAGCUGUCUUCUCUCAGCCUCCUUACCAAAGUCACUCUCUGGACUUCCAUCACUGUGAGGGAGGCAGUUUAAGACAAACAUUGCAUUCUGGCUGAUCCAUGUUUUAUCUGCUCCCAAUAAUCCCUUUUCGCUGUUUAACAACAUUCCCCCACCCGCUUUUUAUUUUUUUCAGUUGACUAACAGAGGUAGUCAUUAAAAAAGGCUGACAAAUCUCAAGAAGCCAACCCGUUCAUUGGGUUCUGCUAGAAUUACGAUUAGCAUUAAAUCCAGUCGUAAUUCAAUGAUAAUAUUGUUCAAAACCGGUCGAAUAAUCUUUGACUGGGUUUUUCGGAUAGAGUGUUAUCUAGGCCAAAGUUUGGAACCUUCGCAGUGAAAAUUAGCAAGAGAGAAAUGUGUCUUAACAGAAUACCUUUACUAAAAUGUCAAACCAUGUUGUUUGAGGGAGGGCGCGUGUGGCGGUCCUGCUGAUGGAACUCUAUGUAAAGAUUGGGGGCCACGGGUAGGAAUUGGCACAGUCCCAGCUGCCUGAAAUCUUCCUCUAAUAACCGUACUCUUUGCAUUCCCCGCCAGAGAUUUGUUAACCUAUUUUGAGUCUGGUGAUUUUUUUUUUUUAAAUUUUUUUUUUUUUUUUACAAAGCUCCAGACUGCAUUCUUUUCUUUUUUUUUCUUGUUCACUAGAAAGGUCUACUCUCUUUUUCCUUGGCCUCUUCCCACUUUUAGAUGUAUUUAAUGGCUGUUAGCAAAGUUUAUAGCUAUGUUUCUUGGGCCAAAGUUGAGUAAAAAUAUUUCAGGAUUGGCCGGGGCUUAACCGCAGGACGGAGCGGACGCCAUUUCUCAUGGCUACCGAGAUACACAGCCAAAUCCCUUUACAAUCGAGGGCAUCACUGCCCAUCCGACUGCCAUGACCCGCAGAAUCACCUCGGGGGCGACGUACGGAGACGGUAUAUGCCUUUUUUCCCCAGCAAUCCAGGCUGAAAUGGUGGAAAAAAAGGCUUGCGGCCUACUACCUCCCCCCAGCCUUGGACUCGAGGAGUGGUAGAAUCCGUUCCAGAUACUGGACGCAAGAGCAAAGACAGCUGCAAACACUGCGCCGAGAAGUGCCCGGGACACCAGGAGAUUCCAGAAACAUUGGAUCUAUGCUCCAGAAACAGGCCCAAAGCAAGAUGGCGAGGCCUGAAGCAGGUACAACCACCACUUCACCUCAGGCUCCCACACAGGAGGAGGCACAGCCUCAAUCUGAGCAGCAGGGUUAUGAGCAAGCAGCCCCAAAUUACCCUGACUUCUCCAAUCUAGCUACUAAGCAGGACAUUAAAGCACUUCUACCUGACUUUAGGCAGACCUGGACAGCAGAUAUUGCAGUGAUACAGACAGAUUUGCAAAUGGUGACUGACAGGGUCCGUGCCACAAAAGAAGACAUCACAGAUGUGAAACAAGCAGUGUCCACCAUGAGAGACUCGCUCCAAGAAGUGCAGAAAUUCCAAAAAGCAUUCUCCAUACAACUUACUACGCUGGAUGAUUGCACCAGACGCAAUAACAUAAAAAUCGGGUGGGUAUCUGAAACUUUUACAAUGGAGGAACUGCCCCACUAUCUGAGUCGCCUAGUGGCCUCGUUACUACCUCCGACACAAGCCAUAAAAGUCAUGAUCGACGGUCUGUUCAGCCUCCCAAAAUCAUCUAGGGCCCUAGCUCAGGCUGUCAGCGACAUCCUCAUCCACUGCACAUCCGCACAAGACAAACGGGCACUCCUGGCGGCACUGCGAGACCACACGCCUUACCAGUUCGAGGGCUCAGGCCUGUCAUUUUAUCAAGACCUAUCAAGGUCCACCUUACAGUGGAGGCGCAAAUUGCUCCCAGUGACAAGCCGGCUCAGGAAUGCUGGAAUGGCAUACAGCUUGAUGCCACCAAAAUCACUCCGCGUGCUCCACAACGGGACACUCUAUCCUCGGCAGAGGAAGCUCCAGCCCUAUUUGGGAAACUGGGACUAUCCGCACCUCCUGAUGGCUCAGCCAGCACCCACACAUGGGACCCGACCACCUUAGUCCCCUUCACCCUGCGACACCAACAGGAAACAUGGAAUGGGACAUGACUGAUUACCUGGACACAGCUCACACGAACAACCAAUGGCCGAAUCCUCACUGUUUUGGUUCAUUUACUUUGUUACAAGUUUUUAUUACUGUUUGAUACGCUUGCCAAUGCCUGCCUCACUAUCAGGGUUUACUCGAGUCAGGGAACACAGGUGGGGAGCUACAAUCCACGACCCCGCGAGCAAGGGAGCCUGCUUCAACUUUUAGCUGUUAGCAUGGAAUUAUGACAUCGCAUUUCAGGCUAGGAGCAUCCAGGUAAGUAUGAUUUAUCAAUAUUAGGGUAUAAGAAUUGUAGCUUCUGGGUAAGGUCACGCAUUAUAAAAGUUCAAAUAACAAUAACAACAAGCUGUGAUACCACUCGGUAGAAACUAUAAGACAUAAUGUGAAAAACAAAAAGGAACAUACAUUUCUGCUCAUAAGACAUGAGCUGUGAUCACACAGAUGCUUCACCAGCCGGGAGUCACCCAACACCAGAGGUGGCCAGAGUGCUAAGCCAGUCUCUAUGUCAGGUAGAUUUCUUCUCUUCAUCUCCGCGCAUGUAUGAACCAUUUUAUCUCCUCAAAAACAGAAUUCCAAUGGCAUCCAACCAGUUCCCUUACAAGAGAGUUGUAUCGUGUUCAUUUGUUUCAAACAAACUGUGAUUUGUCUACAUAUUUGGGUGAUUUGUCUAUAUUCCGUAACUCUGAAAUAUUAAAUGAAUGAAUCACAAAACAAUCGAAGUGGCCAGUGGCCGAACUGUUUGUUUUGUGAUUUGGAAUUCUGUCCAUGGUGCCCAAUAAAAAAAGAUGAUUCAUGGAAGUUAUAGUUGAUAGUUCUUUCCUUGUGUUGGUUACAAGCGUGAUGACUUUUCGUCCAAUCGAAUGCUUCUCAUUGUGGGCCGACAUGCCUGCGUGGAAUCCACCACACUCUAUUUAUUGAAUGAGAAGCACCGAAUCCGAUACUUCUUAAGGAGAAGCAUCGGAAAUCGGCACUGGGCAUGUGCACGAGUAACAAGCUGAGGGACAGCUCAGGCCACCGUUCGAACACGCUGAAUGUGAAGACUCUAAAGUAGAUCUUCAACAUGCCCUCAGUGGCCGUCAGCCUGACUUGAAGGUGGUCCUAAAAACAUAAUCAUUGCUGUUUCUCUCAUAGCUGGAGGGAAACGUUGGGUCACUGCACCCGGACCACUUCAUUUAGAUGGUUCCGGUGCUCAGAGUGUCCCAGUCUUCCCAGUACAUCUCAUGUUGCAUUCAGUCACCGGACAUAUGUCGCCUUCUCUGUGUCUGUUUCUUCCUCACUAUGGUUCUACUUCUUCAUCUCGUUCAGUUUUGUUUGCUAACCAUCGUCUAUGUUGCUAAUUUGUGCAAUAUGUUUAUUUCACGAUGUUUGGUAUGUUGUUUUCUGAACCCCUUCAGUGAUACGAAAACUUUGAAUAAAUGUCAGUUUAAAAAGCAAAGUCAAAGAAUGAACCCCCCCAUAGAUUUUGGAAUAGUCGGUGUAUGACGUCAUGGGUUUCGGCAGGGACGUAUCACCACGCUCGGUGAGGAAUGGGGUCUGUUCACUGAACUGGACUGAAUUGGUUUGACUUGUCCGCUACAAUCUGACUCAAGCAGGGUCUGCGAGUUUCGGCCACUUAAAAGGAGCACGGCAGGAAUUCUUCCUGACGCAGAGAAUGACUCCUGCCCCAGAAACGCGGGUCAACUUUGGUCAUGUGUAAACGUUUCCAGUCUGUCAUAAAAUCUGGAAAAAUACCACCAUUGCUGCUUGCUGUUAAACUACUGGUCGCACUACUCACCAAUGUCACACAACAACAAACCACACAGUGACUGACUGCUUUUUAUAACGUGGAAUAGUUAUACAGGUACAUCAAUCUUACAUCCCAUGAAGGAGCUGAAAUCCCAUGUAAAAUUUUAUUAUAAAGCGCCAACAUAUUCCACAGCGCAGUACAGUCAAGGAGUUCUAGUUAGACAUACCAGUAUUGAAGGAUUAGCGUACUCUGCCUGUGAGCCUGUAAUCUACCCCAGUGAAAGGGGUUAAAUACACUAAUUUUUCUGUCAUCAUACGGAGUUAUUUAACCCUAUCAUGCCACUCUCAAGGACACCAUGUCACAGAGACUCAGCCAGAUUAUAGCGACCCGCGAAUCUUUAAUAAUAUCACUUGAGAAAGGCUUGUGUGAGAACUGAAACAUUGCUUUAUGUGACAUUAAAGAGCCCUUUACACCUCCUGUGAGUCCAGUACUUUCUGUCUCUUAUUUUUGGGUGACUGUCACCUUAAAUAAUCUUCCCAUAAAUCAGGUUUAAAACAGUGCACUGCAAAUAGAAAUAGGUUUAACGGGAUUCACCGGUUUGAGAUCUUUCCUGUGUUUCAGGGUGGAGGCGGCCAUCUUGUAAUUACACUAAGGAUUUUAAAACCACAGUAACCAUUACUGAUAAAAAUCAAAAACGCAAGGCUGCAGAGAUCAUGUGAUGUUUGCAGCCAAUCCGAGUCUCUGAUUUGCAUAAUGUCUCCCAGCAUUCCACUGUGCCCAGACCUUGAUGGAAAUGCUUUGACUUUUUUAGUACAAAAACCCUGCUGGAAAAAUGAUCAGCACAAAGCAUCCACCAUUUAUAAGCUACUAUUCAAUCUUGCAGGGACCCGGUUUGUCGCUUGGUCCUUUUAAGAUUCUCCUUAAGGAAAAUGCUGAUCCCUUUAAAACCUAAGAUUUCAACUUUUUUUUUAAAGGAAAAUCUUACUUACAGGUUAAUUUUUUGAGAAUACUUUGUGGAGCAGCGAUUGCGAGCCUUCCCACCCACAUAUUUCUGUAGUAUGUUUCCCAUGAUGCUUAGCGAGCCUUAGAAGGGACACUGAGUGCCGGUAGAUAUAGAUAAUGUAUCAAAUUAUAUUCCAUAAGAUGUAUAAUCGAUAAUCAUCUUUAAAAUGACUGUAUCGACGUGCAAUGAAUGUGAGUUGUUAUGGUGUGUGAAGUGUCCCUUUUAAAGUCAGUUUUUCUGGGAAUGAUGAUAUACGUUGUACUUCCUUAUAAAACAAAUAUUUAUUUCUGACUGUUGGUAGAUGAGCUCCGAUAACAUGUAAUGCAGUUUUUCUCAAUAAAUGACUGCCUGCUAUGACAGCUUUAUUAAUAUAAACGGUAAUUUACGAAAAUUUAGAAUGUGCUUCAAUGAAAGAUUAUUAAAGAAUUAUAAACUCCCGGAAUUGAGCAGAACUGAUAAGGAAAAUGCUAAUUAAAGGUCAAUGUAGCAGAACUGGGAAAAAAGGCAAAUUUGGGGAUUUAAUAUCCAUUUUUAUCAUGUUAAAAAUGGCAAUUUCCUGGUCAAUUCUCCCCAGUUCCCAGUUCAAUGAAUAACCCCGCAGGUCUAAUGUCUGGAGAUGGAAACGGUUUUUGUCUGCGAGAUUUGUACCUUUGUCACAAUGUGUAUUUGUUUUUUUCCAGAAUCGUUUUGGGGCCCGUUUAUCUGUCACCAUGAAAUUUGUGUGCCUGUUUGUGUUCUGCUUGCACGGUGAGUGACUCCCCUUUAAACACUCUCCUUCUCUCCGCUGCUCUUUAAAAUAUAAAAUAUCAUCUACACACUUCAUACCUCCCAAGUGUCCCUCAUUAGGGCCCAAAUCCAUCUGGCUUUAUUUUCCAUCCUAAUUUUCCUCUUUUCUCAGAGCUCCAUAUUGUUUGUGUGUCUGAGUGUAUAACAGAGCUCCACAGCAAUAAUACUCCCAGUAAUGUGUCUGGGUGUAUAACAGAGCUCCACAGCAAUAAUACUCUCAGUAAUGUGUCUGAGUGUAUAACAGAGCCCCACAGCAAUAAUACUCCCAGUAAUGUGUCUAAGUGUAUAACAGAGCUCCACAGCAAUAAUACUCCCAGUAAUGUGUCUGAGUGUAUAACAGAGCUCCACAGCAAUAAUACUCCCAGUAAUGUGUCUGAGUGUAUAACAGAGCUCCACAGCAAUAAUACUCCCAGUAAUGUGUCUGAGUGUAUAACAGAGCUCCACAGCAAUAAUACUCCCAGUAAUGUGUCUGAGUGUAUAACAGACUCCACAGCAAUAAUACUCCCAGUAAUGUGUGUGAGUGUAUAACAGAGCUCCACAGCAAUAAUACUCUCAGUAAUGUGUGUGAGUGUAUAACAGAGUGCAAUAAUACUCCCAGUAAUGUGUGUGAGUGUAUAACAGAGCUCCACAGCAAUAAUACUCCCAGUAAGAGUGUAUAACAGAGCUCCACAGCAAUAAUACUCCCAGUAAUGUGUGUGAGUGUAUAACAGAGCUCCACAGCAAUAAUACUCCCAGUAAUAAUACUCCCAGAAAUGUGUCUGAGUGUAUAACAGAGCUCCACAGCAAUAAUACUCCCAGUAAUGUGUCUGGGUGUAUAACAGAGCCCACAGCAAUAAUACUCCCAGUAUUGUGUCUGAGUGUAUAACAGAGCUCCACAGCAAUAAUACUCCCAGUAAUGUGUCUGAGUGUAUAACAGAGCUCCACAGCAAUAAUACUCCCAGUAAUGUGUCUGAGUGUAUAACAGAGCUCCACAGCAAUAAUACUCCCAGUAAUGUAUCUGAGUGUAUAACAGAGCUCCACAGCAAUAAUACUCCCAGUAAUGUGUAAAUAAGAUACAUUGUUCUUCUUCUAAAUUACGUUUACAGCAGGUAAUAAGGUCACAUAAAAUGCUCUGAAAUGUCCCGCCCUCUAGCCAAACCACAGCCCUACCCAUGGCCAUACCUAUUGAAGUGAAAGUGUCUCAGGUAAUGGCUAAUCUCGGCACUGUAGGUGUUUGUGAAAUGUUAAAUCCACAUCCUUGGAACAGGCUAAGGAGGACUAAUGCCAAGCUCCCUGAAAUAGACUCUGCCAUAAGGAGCCGCGUGAAUGUCAUGGCAUAAUCUUGGCGCAGUGGGUGUGUUUUUGUAUCAGUACUAUGUAUAUUAACUCCCUGUGUGUUUCUAUUGUCUUGCAGGGAUUUUUGCACAACAAUACGAGGUUGAACAUUACAAUCCAUCAGGUAAACACUCGUUGUACCCAAACACAGGGCUCCGAAGGGGAAGAAAUUGUUUAAUAAAAAUCACCAUGGAAACCAAUAAAAUGUGUCAACAUUUAGCACGUUUAACACAAAUUAGCACCUGGUAAAUCUCACAUGUGGUCUUUCUCUCCCCCCAGAUAUCCCAUUUUACUAUGAAUAUGAUGGCGAAGGUAAGUAAGCGACCGGUCAGUGAUAAAUCAGAGAGAGCUUUCUCUCCAGGGUCAGUCUAGAUUUACACAAAUUAUCAUUAAAAAUUACAAAAGAAAAAAUAUAUAACAUAUGAAGACACUAUAGCAACAAGUACCAAACGUGUAUUCAGUGAUUAAACCUGUACUUAAAGGGUUACUCCAGCCACCAUGACCACUUUAACUUUUACAAGAAGCAGAGAUAUUUGCAUGUUUGUGCCGGGGACUCUUACUCCCCAGCACAUGUGAUUUUGGCAGUCUGGAGCUCUGUCCAGUUCUGUGCAAAAUGUACGUCUGUCGUCCGUGCACACAGCGUGCUUUCGAGAGACAAGGUCAUCCUUUUUCUUGAAAGGAAAACGCCACAGACGGAAACUUGGUCUUCCCUCAUGCCUCCCUGGAUUUUUUUAAAUCCCCUCCCCUGUCCUCUUGCCUGUCGACCCCUUUCCUCCCUCCCGGCUCAGAAUGUGCGCAUGUUUUCCGAGCCGGGCAAACGGUCUAAUCACAUGCUUCUCUUAAAGCUUCGUCCGGUGUUGGAUUCCAGGUAAGUUUAAUCCUUUCUUUUUAGUACUGUUAGUGGAGGACCUAGUACUAAGGCAUUAAAAGCUACAAAAUAAGAUGAGAGAACCCUUUAACUAUUAAACAUCUGCACAUUUCUUGUGUUAUUGUUCUUAUAGCACAGAAGGGUUACUGAAUACAGGCCAGAUUUAAUAUUAUUAUUUAUUUUUUUAUAAUUCUUUAUUUUUGUAGUGCAUACAGUUGGAACAGUAAUGCUUGUGGUACCCCACCGGCAGUGAUUUAAUAUUAUUUUAAAGCGACACCUUAUACUGUACAGUAAAUAUUACUCAUUAUAUAUAAUAUAACCCUUACAGCAAGUACAGAGCUUUAAACUGUAUUAAGAUAAAUUCUCUUGCAUAUAAAUAUUAAGUCCGCUUUAUUUCGACUACCGCGGCUUAAAAUGUGAAAACUCACUCUGAAUCUCACGUUAGUAAAGAACGAUGUUAUUAAAAGAGAGGAUGGUCUGUAAUCCAGGUGAGAGCGUAGAUGACUUUUUAAAAGGGGAUGUUUUAAAUAUAUAUAUAUAUAUAAAUCAUAAGCAGAACUCUGUUCAGUAAAUAAUCCCCUCAGCGGGUUUAGUGCUCAGACAGUUGUAUAAUUUGGGGUAACGGUUAAUUAUUGAUAAUAUAAAUGUAUUUGCUGUCUGGCACCUAACUUGUAUUAAUUCUUCUGAUGUAAAAUGGAGAACACGUGAGAGGACUGCGCCACUUUUAGCACUUUGUAUCACUAUUCUGUUAGAAACACUUUGAAAAAUCUCCCCCAAUUCGUGUCCUUUUCCUCUCUGUGCAGAAGCCAUCGGGGGCCAAGUGCCAGGGAUUGAGACCUUCCCUGCCCUCCCACCUGAAAGCCCCCAUCUCCAGACCCUCCCGCAGCACGGACCAGAGGUGAAUCAAUAUGAAACCCUCCCACAGCAACAGCAACAAACUCAGCAAGAGGAAAUCCCAAUACCCAACCAAGGUAAUCUGCAAGUCGUCGCUGCAGGGAUCAUGGGGGGAUCAUGGCGGGAUUAUGGAGGAGCAGGGUAAGAGACGGGCUCAGGAUCCAGUGUACUGGCCCUUUAAACGUGUGUGUAAUGUAACUGCAGCAGCAUGAGCAGGUCUCGGGGCUCUCACUGUAUUGCGUCACUGUGUGAUGACUGUGUGAUUUAUUGCCCAAAGCUCUAACAAUCCCAUCCUUCUCUGGCGUUGAUGUCAAACUACCAGUCUGAAUCAAUUUAUAGAGAUAAAGGAAUUGUAUGGGCAUGGACUCAACUGUGUAAUGGUAGUAACAUGAGCUGCGUUAAAAGGGAGGGUGGUACAAUGCCCCCAAUACUGUAUUACAGGGGGGAGGGUAGUAAUAUAGGUUGCAUUAAAUGGACAGGGGAAAUGGGCUGUAUAAUACCGUAUUAGAAUAUUUAAUAUUAUUGUGGCAGGGCAGCAUUAAUGGUGAAGGUGGAGGGAAGGAGGGCGGCAUUAUACUUUGGUCAGAGCCACUCAGAUCCUUUCGAUUGCCCUUUUUCUUGCUUUCAACACAUGAAAUUCAAUAACUGACUGUUCACUUGCUGCCUAAUAUACCCCAACCAUUGUAACGAUAAAAUCAAUGUUAUUCACUUCACCUGUCAGUGGGUUUAAUGUUGUGGCCGAUCAGUGUGUGUCCACUGCAUUGAGUUUAAGGAUCUCAGCGUUUUUAAAAGAAAGGAAGGUAGAUCAGAAAUGGAAGAAACGUAGUCUGUACUUCUAUUAAUAUAUGUUUGUUCCUCUGCCUUGCAGAUCUAUAUCAGACAGAACCCACAGAACCGGGACCCCUAGGUAAGAGAUUUCACUUAUAUUAGUAAAAGCAGGAUAUUGACCAAUUAUGGUUACUAUGGGGAAAAGCACUUAACAAAUAAAAUACUCAUUCUCAUGUCUUUUAUUAAUUUGAUUGGAUAGCGCCAUUCAUGGUUUUCAUAUGGAAUAAUUGUGGGCUCUACAGCUCAGUGGAAGUUAAACUAUAGCUCCCAUAAGCCCUUGCUUACAGUAUGUGCUGAGCACUACCGUAAAACCUUACAGAACCAAUUUGAUUGGCUCAGCCACUUCCUGGUAACGUUUGAGAGGAAAUGAAAAUGUGAGAUUUUGUUUUUCUAUGUAAUACAACAUACAGUGUUCUGAAAGGGGGUUCUCUUUUAUAUUUAAAAAUUACAAGAAAAGACCGAAUACUGUUAUCUUUUCAGAUUGUCGGGAAGAGCAGUAUCCCUGCACCCGAUUAUACUCCGUGCACAAACCCUGCAAGCAAUGCUUGAACGAGAUCUGUUUCUACAGGUAAGGACCAGCCUGGAGCCGAUUCAGAAAUGUUUGUAUUUAAUAUUUUGCCAAUAAAUAAUAUACAAUAUCUUGCCAAUAAAUAAUAUGAUAUUCUGCCAAAAAAUAUUAUAUAAUAGUCUGCCAAUAAAUAUGUAAUAUUCUGCCAAUAAAUAUAUAAUAUUCUGCCAAUAAAUAAUAUAUAAUAUUCUGCCAAUAAAUAAUAUAUAAUAUUCAGCCAGUAAAUAUAUAAUAGUCUGCCAAUAAAUAAUAUAUAAUAUUCAGCCAGUAAAUAUAUAAUAGUCUGCCAAUAAAUAAUAUGAUAUCCUGCCAGUAAAUAUGUAAUAUUCUGCCAAUAAAUAUAUAAUAUUCUGCCAGUAAAUAAUAUAUAAUAUUCAGCCAGUAAAUAUGAUGUAAUAUUCUGCCAAUAAAUAAUAUAUAAUAUUCAGACAGUAAAUAUCUAAUAUUCUGCCAAUAAAUAUCUAAUAUUCUGCCAGUAAAUAAUAUAUAAUAGUCUGCCAAUAAAUAAUAUAUAAUAAUCAGCCAGUAAUAAUAUGAAAUAUUUUGCCAGUAAAUAAAACAUAAUUUUCUGCAAAUAAAUGAUAUUCUGCCAGUAAAAAAUAAAAAAUAUUCUGCCAAUAAAUAUUGUAUAAUAUUCAGCCAGUAAAUAUGUAAUAUUCUGGUAAUAAAUAUGAUAUUCUGCCAAUGAAUAAUAUGUAAUAUUCUGGCUUUAAAUGGUAUAAAAACAGUUCCCUGUGUAAUUCUUUUCCAAGCUGGGGCCAUUUUAUAUUGUCAAAUCUAAUGGGCAUAUUUGUAUUUUUCAGUCUGCGGCGCAUGUAUGUAAUAAAUAAGGAAAUCUGUAUACGUACCGUGUGUGCACACGAAGAACUUCUGAGAGGUGAGGAAUAAAGACACUCCACUCCCCUGAGUGUGUGAUGCCCACCACAGACACUCCCCUGAGUGUGUGAUGCCCACCACAGACACUCCCCUCAGUGUGUGAUGCCCUCUGCAGACACGCCCCUUCCCUGAGUGUGUGAUGUCCACUGCAGACACUCCCCUUCCCUGAGUGUGUGAUGCCCACCGCAGACACUCCCCUUCCCUGAGUGUGUGAUGCCCACCACAGACACUCCCCUUCCCUGAAUGUGUGAUGCCCACUGCAGACACCCCCCUUCACUGAGUGUGUGAUGCCCACCACAGACACUCCCCUGAGUGUGAUGCCCACCACAGACACUCCCCUGAGUGUGUGAUGCCCUCUGCAGACACGCCCCUUCCCUGAGUGUGUGAUGUCCACUGCAGACACUCCCCUUCCCUGAGUGUGUGAUGUCCACUGCAGACACUCCCCUUCCCUGAGUGUGUGAUGCCCACUGCAGACACUCCCCUGAGUGUGUGAUGCCCACCACAGACACUCCCCUUCCCUGAAUGUGUGAUGCCCACUGCAGACACUCCCCUUCCCUGAGUGUGUGAUGCCCACCGCAGACACCCCCCUUCCCUGAGUGUGUGAUACCCACCACAGACACUCCCCUGAGUGUGUGAUGCCCACCGCAGACACUCCCCUGAGUGUGUGAUGCCCACCAGACACUUCCCUGAGUUUGUGAUGCCCACUGCAGACACUCUCCUUCCCUGAGUGUGUGAUGCCCACUGCAGACACUCCCCUUCCCUGAGUGUGAUGCCAACUGCAGACACCCCCGUUCCCUGAGUGUGUGAUGCCCACUGCAGACACUCCCCUGAGUGUGUGAUGCCCACCACAGACACUCCUGAGUGUGAUGCCCACUGCAGACACUAAACCUGAGUGUGUUGCCCUCCGCAGACAAUCCCAUUCUGAGUGUGUGAUGACCACCGCAGACACUCCCCUGAGUGUGUGAUGACCACCGCAGACACUCCCCUGAGUGUGUGAUGACCACCGCAGACACUCCCCUGAGUGUGUGAUGCCCACUGCAGACACUCCCCUGAGUGUGUGAUGCCCACUGCAGACACUCCCCUGAGUGUGUGAUGCCCACCACAGACACUCCUGAGUGUGAUGCCCACUGCAGACACUAAACCUGAGUGUGUGUUGCCUUCUGCAGACAAUCCCAUUCCGAGUGUGUGAUGACCACCGCAGACACUCCCCUGAGUACGUAAAGCCCACUGCAGACACUCGGGGCAGUAAGUGGGAACAAAAGUGCUAAAAUCGUGCAGGCUAGCCGCUCCAAAUUAGGGAUCACUCCCAAUCCCAAACAAUACAAUCCAACAAAUUAGUAUAAUUUAAAAAACAUAUACCACCGGGGGCGCCACAAUUGCACGUGUGUGAUUGUGGCGCCCCCGGUGGUAUAUGUUUUUUAAACUAUACUAAUUUGUUGCACUGCAGACACUCCCCUUCCCUGAGUGUGUGAUGCCCUCCGCAGACACUCCCCUUCCCUGAGUGUGUGAUUCCCACUGCAGACACUGCCCUUCCCCGAGUGUGUGAUGCCCACCGCAGACACUCCACCUUUUUUGAGUGUGACUUUUUCUGAGUAAAUUUUACAUCCUUUUUUAACGGAUUUUCCUCCUGUUCGCAGCUGAUCUGUGCCGGGAUAAGUUCUCUCGCUGCGGUGUCAUGGCGUCUAGUGGCAUGUGCAAUUCCAUGGGAUCUCAUUGCAGCAAGAGCUGCGGAGGCUGUUAAUGGGUGGUACUGUAGGCCUGGAGUACCCACCACACGAGGGAGCGGACAUCCCUCAGCCAGUGUGAUUUAUGGAGGUGCUAGCAUUAUUUUAGCCUUUAUGUUACUUAUUGUACUGUAUGUGCCCCCAGUUUGGGCACACGGGCAUAUUGCCCAGUUAUCUCCACUGUCUUUGCCAUAUGAUAGCCAGCCCUGUGUACUGCACUGCUCUGACAUCUUAACCUGCUUCUCCGCUGGGGACUGGCUUCCCCAGCAAUUAUCAGGGCUUUCGCAAACGAACCACGUCUAGACCACAGUAAAUAAGAGGUCAGGGUAGGACGUGCUGUAUAUAUGUCUAGGUACUAUGUGUGGUCCCUGCCACUUUACACCAAAUAACGCCUAGUCUGCUACGAUACUGCCUGCCAUGUACUCAUGUUACCUCCCGUAUUGACCCUCUCCUCUUUGCGUUAUCGGAAAUAGCUACUUUCCAGUAGCUGCUGCAAUGUAUCUAUGGCUUUCAUGGGUUUUAUACUUUCUAUUUCCUGAUAACUGUUGCCAUUUUUUUUUUAACAAUUUGGAAUUAUUCACACUGUUGUGCAAAGUGUGAGGUGCUGCCCAGCAGAAUGUGUAAAUCGUGGUGCUCCCAAUCAAUGAAUCAAUGAUGGCCAGGAUCCCAGAGGAACCACCGUGACUGGUUAUUGGUUUUACAGCGGAAACAUGUGAAAUCACAUACUGCAGGGUAGCACUUUCAUGAUGUCCCCGUAAAAAUAAAACAAAAAAUGGCAAAGUUACAACUAUGUGUCACACCCUCUCAGACUGUCAGUCUUGUACACAAAGCACCCGCCUCUGAUCACGGACACUCACACUAUAUAUAAAUAUUGUUCACUUUUUAAAGCUUUAAUCUCAAUCGUGCCCAGAGUCAAUAGGGGAUGUCGGUUUAAUUGAUUUAACUUUUUUUGUAAUUUGUUUUGUACAAACGUUUAAUAAAUUGCAGACUUUUACCUUGUGCUGGAGUCAGAGUUUUAAUUCAGUAAAGUUCAUCAUUUAGAGAA